AUCCUCAGAAGCCGUUGACGGCUCUAAUAGUGACGGAUCGAUCCCCGCAAUAUUAUUUUAUUUUUCCUUUUUCAUUUGUUUUGCGGAAAAAAAGAAAAGGGAGUACAAGUAAGCUUCACUGCACACACCCGUCCUCAGCAAUCGCCAUCAAAUCUCUUCAACACAUAAUCCUGUUUCAAGCUUUUGUAAGGGCUUGUGCUAACGGUAGCUAGUUCACGAUUAUUGCUAAUAACUCUUCGAUACAACCUCGAGACCAGUCGGGACAAGACCAGUCUCAGGACUCACCAUACUCAAUGAGCGUACAGCGCAAUGUCAGAGCGCUCUGGGCAAACGGCAAAGGGGAAGGAUGGAAAAACCAAGUAUUCAUCUCUCAACCUGUUUGAUACCUACAAAGGAAAGAGCCUUGAAGCACAGAAGCCUGUUGUUGCCCCUCGUCAUGGCUUACAGUCUCUUGGUAAAGUUGCCUCUGCACGGCGCAUGCCCCCCCCUGCCAACUUGCCUAGUUUGAAGGCGGAGAACAAAGGCAACGACCCCAACGUCACGCUCGUUCCCAAAGACGGCACAGGAUGGGCAAGCAAGCAGGAACAAGCAGACCCAAAGAGUACCGAUGUAUUGUCAGAAGCGCAGCCGGAGUCGCAGCAGCCUGUGGUCUCACAGACAUCUGCACCGAGCGUGCCGAGAACACCCCCAGCUCAAGAGGCCCCGACUCCAGCUCUAGCCGUAGGGCCAAAGUCCUGGGCUCAGGCCAGUGUUACACAUGGGGUGCAAGGAGAUGGUGGAAAGGGAUCAAACCAACAGUCGCCAUUCUCUCGCGAGGAAUUUCCCACCCUGCAGGCGGCUGGAGACCAGGACAAAGCUGGCAAAGAACAGGCCACUGCAGAUCAGUGGUAUGGGCCCGGACCAAGCCUCCGCCCCCAAAACGUAACGAGUUGGCGGGAUGGUGGGGGUCGGGCAUUGGCACCCACCCUGGCUGGGGAGGGUGUGGCGGAGGGCGGUGCUGGGGGAACCAUAGUGAUGGAGGGUGCUUCUGGGGCCCCUCCUGUCCCACAGCAGAAUGCGUCCUCCCUUGGGCAGCCUAGAAACCCCCCAACCAGUAACCCCGCACUUCCCCUUCCCCAGCCACCAAUUGGCCCGCAGUUCCAGGCUUACAGAGGGAUCAUGCCUCCAUUCAUGUAUCCACCAUACCUGCCCUUCCCACCCCCUUAUGGUCCACAGGGACCCUACAGGUUCCCGCCCCCAAAUGAGGCCCCCAGGUUUUCUCGGUCACAGAGUGGAGCAGGACCAGAUGGGCGGCCCCCUGGAGGACCCCGGGGUGAGGUGGUGAAACGCCCCUCCAUCCUCAAGCAGGAUGACCUAAAGGAGCUGGAUGAGCUGGAUCAUGAUGGAGAUGAGGGCUGGGCUGGGGCACAGGAGGAAAUUGACUACUCUGCAAAGCUGAAGUUCAGUGAUGAUGAAGGAGAAGAUGACGGAGAGGAGGAAAGGACUGAAAACAAAAAUGGAGCCCAUGAGUCAAGGGAUCUGCAGAGAUCCCAAGAUGGACCCAAGAUGGUGGUUUCACGUUCCCGUGCAUCUGACAGUGGAGGGGAGUCACGACGCACUCCUCCUUCCAGUGCUGAUGAUUGCUCCGUGCCCCCCUCCAGCAAGCCAGGCUGGGCCGAGGAGGGAGGAAAUAGCUGGAGCAGUCAGACAAACACAGGAUCUUAUCAGGGGCGUAGGCCUGGACUGGGUGGUCCAAGGGAACAGCCCUCCCCCCCACCAGGGCCACAUCUUGGACAAGGGCCCUACUUCUACUACCGACAGGAUCGGGCUUCGAAUCAGUCUGUGAUCUCCGGCCUCACUCUGGCCCCACAGAAGCCAAGCAGUGCUCAAGCACAGCAGCAGGCAGGGACAGGACCUGGUGGGCCAACUCCCCCUCCCUCUAGUGCCUUGCAUCCCCAGCAACAGGGAGAGGAUGAGGACGAGACGUGGCGGCAACGCCGGAAGCAGUCGUCGACAGAGAUUUCCGCUGCGGUCGAGCGUGCUCGACGCCGCCGUGAAGAGGAGGAACGAAGGAUGCAGGAGGAGCGGCGUGCUGCCUGUGCAGAGAAGCUGAAGAGACUUGAUGAAAAACAGCAGCAGCAACAGACCAUUAAACCCAGCUCCCCCUGUGACGCUCCUGCCAACAGCCCCAGUCCUUCCUUGUCUGCGACUGCCUCAUCUCCUAAUCUCAGUCAGCCACCAUCCCCCUGUGUGGAUCCAGAAGAAGCACCUCUUGCAUCCCCUCAGACAACUGGUACAACUCUGGGGCUUAACAUAAAUAACAGACAGAGGGCUGGCAGCAACAGCAGCCAUGAUUCCAUCACAGAGUCACAACAGGCUGUGCAGCCUCAAGCCACCCAGCAUUUACAAUCCCUUGAUGUCUCUGUGCCUGGGGAUGGCAAGGAGGAACCUGUAGUGAGUGGGCCACACAUCCGCAGCACUAAAGGUGCAGAUGACACAUUGAAGGUGGAGAGUGUUAGUGGAACAGGACGGCAGGGUAGCGGUCCAUCUGGGCAGGGCUUUUCCAAGUAUCAGAAAUCGCUUCCUCCUCGUUUUCAGAGGCAACAACAGGAGCAACUUCUCAAACAGCAGCAGCAGUGGCAGCAACAACAGCAACAUAACCAGGUCGCCCAAAAUCAGCUUCAGUCUCAGCCUCAGAAUCAGCAGGGCCCCUCUCCAGGGACCACACCACAAUCUGGGCCCAAACAGCCAACACUUUACCCCGCUGGCUCAAUGGGACGUCCACCACCUUUGCCCAUGAACUUUGAUCCUCGCUGGAUGAUGAUGUCCUAUAUCGACCCCCGUAUGAUGCAGGGACGUCCUGCACCCAUGGAUUACUACCCUCCCAGCAUGCAUCCCUCUGGGAUGAUGAAUCGGGAGCGUUCUGAUUCAGGUGGCUCUGGCUCAGACCAGUUUGAUAGGCAGCAGCAUGGUCCCUCUCAUCCUCACCGUGGCACACCCCCCAUGGACCCUAAACUGGCUUGGGGACCAGAUGUUUUUCCAGGGGGUACUGAGGGCCGGGGUCUAAGCUCCCCCCUACGGCAGAAAGGUGCGGAAGAGGAGGAUGCUGGCAAAGGUCAAAGAAGCGACACUCCUCCAGUGCGUAUGCGAGAGGGAGGUACAACCCCCAUUCAGCCCCUGAGCAUGGCUCCCAGCUCUCCAUCUGGUUCAUCUAACCAAACCCCACCACCUCUCGGGAUUCAAAUUGGGAGCCAGGGUGCUAGCCACCAUUCCCACCAUCAGCCCUUCAUGGGUGGACGUGGAGGCUACAGCAACUAUCCUGACAAUGGAUCCAGAAUGGGCUCUCACCUGCAGCAGAGGGCAGGUAGUGGAGGUACACUGCAUGGUUUUGGCCAUCCCGAGGGUGGUCAGCAAAUUUGGGGGACUCCUCAUCCCCAUUAUGACCGUAAUGGCCGUACUGAUCACCCAGCCUUAGAGAACAACUCACACCUUCAACACCACGGUCCUCCCCCUCCUCAUUUCUCCCUUCAUCCUCACAAGCACGAGAAUGGCAGAGAGAGAGAAAAAGGAGGAGAGGCCAAAAAAAGCGACCCUUCACCUCCACUGCAUCAGCCGUCCCUCUCCUCUUCUUGCUCCUCUUCAUCAUCAUCUUCCUCAGCCAGAGAAGAUCCCAGUGGAAAGCAGCCUCUACAAAAUCAGGCCCCAACCAAAGACACUGGACCUGCUCACGCUCCAGGUAGGAAACAGGACAAAAUUGGAAACACGCACAAUCAGCCUCAACAGAAUUCUAUGCAGCACCACCACCCUAAAACCAGUUCUCGCAGCCGGGAACACAAAACGGAGACACAUUGGGGCCCAAGGCCUGGAAGUAGUAACGCAAGUGGUGGCUCAGCCCAAAAUAAGAAGGCAGGCUCUGGAAUGAGUGCGAAAACCGAAGAACCCACAAAUCAAGUGGCUGAGAACAAAUCCUCUACUCAGUCUGGAGAUAGUAUCACAGUCAAGCGCGCAGGUCCUAUUAAGAGACCAGUGCUUAAAGAGAUGAAACGAGAAGGUUGUGAAGGAGAGGGAGGCGAAAAGGCCACUGGAGGCUCUGGUAAAGCUAAAGAACAAGAUGGUUGCCAGACCACAACCAAACAAGAGUCAACUCCUGGGGCUCAGGCCUCCUCUGCACCCAGUGGGAAAGAUGAUGCAACUGGAUCCAAUAAACCCAGAACUGGCGGAAAGGAACGAGGUAAUGCUGGGGGUACAGGUAAAGGGUCCAAAAAUGGAGAAAACACUGUCCAAAGUUCAGGCUAUUCAGCUCCUCAAUUCAGAAAGGAUAGAGAGCGAUCUCCUGAAAGAGGAAGCACAACUUACCAUACGUCUUCAUCCAGAGGUAAUCGGUCAGGCCGUGGCAGGGGAGAGUUCUACGGGCGAGGAAGAGGCUACAGAGGCACUUACACCGGCAAUGGAGGUGGUGGCGGCCGUGGGAAAGCAGGUGGCAGAAGCAGCAGGGACUAUAGGUCAGUUCCCAACAGCGGCUACCACCAUGGACCUUCUAAUCAAGAACACAAGCGAGAGCCAUCUUCUGGCAGCGGUAGGCACGGGGGCUCUCAGCUGAAUCCAGGGCGUGCUAGAAACCGCAGUGAAACCCGAAGCGAAGGCUCAGAAUAUGAAGAGGUGCCAAAACGGAGACGGCAGCGAGGAUCUGAAACGGGCAGCGAGAGUGCUGGCAGUGAUGUCGCUCAUUCUGACAAAGAAGACCGUAAGCCUAAUACCAAGGCUGGCACCGGAGGAGAGAACCCUGCAACAGGCCCAUCAGCUUCUUCAGUUCUAACAAGAAACUCCCAAACUAGAGUCUUCACACCAAGGGGUGUGCCAUCAAGACGUGGCAGAGGUGGAGGCGGUGCUGGAGGUGGUCUCCAUAGAGGUGGAGAUGGUGGUGGUCCUGGAGUGUCUUCUGCAUACAGAUCUGGACCUAGCUCUGCUUCUCACGGCUGGUCUGCAAAAUCUACAGCUGCGCGGAAGCAACAGACGUCUUCGCAUCCAUCCCCUCCUAAAGAUUCAGGUCGUGGAGCAAAUGGUGACAAGAAGAAAGCAGCUGACCAACAUCAGCCUCAGAGUCAAAGUGUAAAUCCGUCAGCACCCAAUCCCGCUGUGCCUACUACAGUCCAACAUGGGUCCACAGAGAACGGAAGUGUCGGGACCCCAGUGUCCUCAAGUAACGUUCCACCGAAUACCACUGGCUCUGUUAACCAAACACUUCCUCCGACUGCCCCAGAUGGACGAGGUUUUCCUAACAGGGAAUUUGAGCGCCCUCCUCGCCGUAGGCGCCACGGACGAUCCCAACAUCAGCAGGACAAGCCUCCUCGAUUCCGGAGGCUGAAGCAAGAGCGAGAGAAUGCAGCACGUAUCAAUGGAAGCAGUGGAAUUAUCGAAGUCAUUGCUGGACAUCAGCAGUCUGCUUCAUCAUUGCAGAAUUCCCUGCAAGAAACGAAUAGCACUCCCAACGCAUCUGCCACCGUUGUUGCAAAUGCAAACCACAUCUCUGCGACCUCUAAUAAUAAUACCAGUCACCUUGGGGGUGGUAAUCACAAUUUGAAUAGUCACCACCACCAUCAUCACUACCAGGGCAACUCCCAGUCGCACCCUCAGCACCAUCAUAACCACAACCCAGCGGGAGGGGCUAAAUCCCCAGAUGUCUCGAACCAGAACUCUGACCAUGCAAACGAGGAAUGGGAAACUGCCUCCGAAAGCAGCGAUUUCACUGAGUUUCGAGAGAGAAAGGGUGGAGGAGGUAGUAAAUCUUACUCCUCCCACCAUCACCACCACCAUCAUCAUGCACCAGGAAGAGGUGGUGGAGGCGGAGGAGGUGCUGAAAGAGAGAUGACAGCUAAAGAAUUAGCCACAAACAAGAGAAGCUUCUCCAGUCAGCGCCCUGGAAUGGAGAGGCAGAACAGAAGAGUAAAUACCGGUGGUGGCGGAGGAAGAGGCCCCAGGGGUCCGCCCAGUGGUGGCGGGGCUAUGGGUGGAGCUGGCAACAGCGGGGCCAAUCGUGGUGAGAGGCGUGGCAACUGGCCCUCUCCUAAGAACAAGAAGUGAGUUUUUUUGUUUGGAAAUGUUUAAAAUCAUCCCUAAUUUUUGGCCACGUUUUCUGUAAGACUUUCCCCCUUAACAUGUUAACACUAUUAUUGUUAAAGAUUAGUUACGAAGACCAUGUACACACUCAUCCUAGCUCUCUUGGUUUGUUAUUUUUUUGGGUUUGUCCUGUUGUUGAAAUUUAUAUUCUGUGCUCUGUCAUGUUCCCAUAAAAUAAGCUCAACCCAGAGAUUUUACAUUCUACCCCAUUUUAAUGGAAACAUCUUUUGACUGAAAUUGCAUUCACCCACAAGAUACCCAUUUAUGUUUGCAUAUUCAAGCACAAUAUGUUAUCAUCUUGACACAGAUGUGCUUAGUUUGUGUAUACUGGGCAUGUUGUGUGAAUUUGUAGAAGAACUGUGACUUGAUGCAUAGGUAUAGAAGGCAAAGGUUAAUAUUAUGUACUUGUGUAUUCACAUCACACAAUUUGUGUUUAAUAAGUCACUGUAUUCUCCUUCAGGUUGGGUCUGGAAAGUUCCUCUUUUAAUGAGAACAAAUGUUUCAUAGAUUAUUUUUCCUUGUGUUUUGAGUUCAAGCUGUCCCUUUACAAGUUUCAUUUCAUCCUUCCCCCUCUUUUUAAUGAGAUUUAUUUUGGAAAACCACAUCAUUAAACGCAUUUUUUAAUUGAAACAUUCUUAAUUUUCAGUUUUGAACUUUAAUUACUGUGCUUGCUCAUAGAGUACCAUACUAUUGCUAACAUUUUGGCAAUAUCACUGUCAUGACCGCGUUCAUGUUUUUUUUUUUCGUUUUAAAGUCGUAGGUCUCUUCUCAUUUCAUUGUUUUUUCAAAUAGUUCAUUAGAUGUUUUGGCAUCCGCAUGGGAUUGUAGUUUAUUAGUGAACAUUAUACAUUUAUAUUAUUAAACCAAGUGAUCUGAAGUGAAGGUUCCCAUUCAUAGAUCACAUUUUAAGGCUGUUUCUUUUGUGAGCUCCUAGCCUUAGUGUCAGAUCUUCCUUUAGAAUUGAUUUUUUUUGUUGAGAACAUCCAUUACAGAUUUUCUUUUUGUUUUGCAUUUAUGUUAAGCCAGUAAACUUCAUUCAGAACUCUCCUUUAGGGCAAAGAUUAUUCAGUGUUUAUAUCCUUUCCUUCUUUAAAUGACUGGCUGUAUGUUGGGCAUCUUUUUGAACAGGUGUCAAAAGCUGUUGUCGAAAAUGAAAGUAUUGUACUAUUCUUAUAUCCAGUUCUAGGAAGUGUAGAGAACGACUCCUUGUCCACCAACUAUAUUUGCAGAGCCCCCGAAACAUCCGAACUGAGCAACUUUAGGUCACAUCUUUCAAUGUACUAGUCAUCAUACAAGUCAAUGCCAAGGAAUAUGUGGCCCUGUUUGAGUAGUGUUACAAAAUGAGACAUUGGUUCAAUGUGCAAUAUGCCGCUGUCAAACAAGCCCAUCCGUUUUGUUGUGAUGGACAUCUGCUCACACUAUUGAACGUGUAGUCUGAACCCAAAUUAGCAAGAAACAACUAAUGUUUAAAUAGAAACGGAUCAGAACGUCCCCCCUCAUUUCGACCAGCAUCUGUAUCCUUCUGGUGUAAGUUGGGGUUUGUUUGUUUUCUGGUAAUGCCUUGAUCUGAUCAGUAGCUUUUUAAAUAAUACGUAGGGUGUUUGAAUGAUCCGUAUGUGUGAGUAGGGCAUUUAAAGCGUAUGUGUGAACUUCUCUCUGAUCUCUACAUGUGAUGUGCUCUUUUGAAGGUAGAAUGUGUUGUGAAAGGCAAACACAAGUCCUAUUUGCCCAGUUUUUCAACACUAUUAGGAUGUUUAUUUUAUCUAGGAGGUUUUCAUUAUAUACAUUCAAGUGUCUGUAUAUGUUAAUCCAAAUGAAGUGCAGUGAAGAAAAAAUGUUCAAAAAAGGGGAUUUUCCUUUUCUCGCAGACAUUUUACCAAGCAUGGUGUCAUCCUCGAAUACCCCUUGGUUGGUCUAUUUAUUGGAAGCCGUUUGCCCAUGGGCUUCCAGUGCUGUUCAUCAUCCCUUUUAAACCAUUGAUGUGGUCACGUUAUAUGUACCAAUAUAUCACUAAAAAUGAAUAGAAAUGUGUAUUCCUUGAAAUACUCAGAGAUUGUAUUAUACUUCUAAAUAUACCAAGGUACCUGAAGUUGCAUCUAUGGCUUAUUACUGGAACCUUGAUAUACACACGUAUGUAUAUUGGUAUGCAUCUGAGUUUGUCCGCCCCAACUUACAUUCCCACACACAAUUGUUGCCAUUUUUAAGUUCAAGGGAGCAAUGUACAAGCAGAGAAGUGUCUUAUUAUAAUAAAAAGUAUACAGAGAAAAAGUUAAAUAAAAAUCUUUUGUUUUAAUGGAA